UCAAACCAGAUAUACAGGUACAAACACAGAGCAGGAAAGACAAGAGAAUCUCUUACUCUUCCAGCCAUGGAUCAGGAACCUGGAGUGGACAUUGAAACCCUUAUAGAUGAGUUUGAAUAUAUCCCUGGCCAUUUCCACUUGGAAAUGAAUCUGAACUUUGAGUCCUGCACCCCUGCACAGUUUAGGAGGAGAGACAUUAAACUCAAGCAAGAUGCACUGCAGUCCCAGCUGGAGUUUGAGUCUGAUCUCCAGCACUCUGAAAUCUGGAAUUUACUGGGCGUCUUCUCUUUCUACCUGGACGAGGUGAACAAUGCCAGGCAGAUUUUUGAAAACAUCACCAAGCAGGACCCCAAUAAUUUAAAUGCCUGGGCUAACUUGGCCCAUGUGUAUGAUAGCCUGAACAUGGAGGAAGAGGCUUCGCAGUGCACAGAUAAGAUAUCUCAUCUCAUGGGCCUGGAGGCAGAGGGCACCGACAGUAAGGAGCCAAGGCUGAGGGCCGCACGCUGCCUGGCAGAGCAGGGGCAUGCUUACGCCUUUGAUGUGGGGCUGCUGAAUGAAGAAGACAACAUGGAGAAACUGAUUACUGGCAUAAGCCUGUACGAUAAGGCCCUGGGAUAUGGAAAACAAAAGAUCUCAGUGGAAGAGAAAAGAAGCUGGUUUUUCACCAUGGCGUCGCUCUGUAUGAGGUUAGAUGAAAUACUAACGAAGAAAGAAGGCGUUGAAAAGAACAGACUGCUCUUCUUUAACAAAACAUUGAUGCUGCUCCGUGAAACUGUGAAAUCCUCCACCAGCCAUUACAGAGCUUUGUCCUGGUGCUACCUCGGGAUGAUGCUGGAAAAACAAAAUACAUUUUCUACCACACCGAUGGGAAUACACGACUAUGGGUUUUCAGGAACAGACCCACUGGACUGCUUUGGCAAGGCUUUAGAAACUGGAAAAGGUGACCCCUUGAUACUGAACCGUCUGGCAAAAAUAUUUCAUUUCCUGGGGAAGCAAGAAAUGGCCAUCGGAAUCUGUAACAUGGCACUCGAUGUUCUGCUAGACCCAAAACUGAACUGGCAGGCUUACUGCACACGCUCCCAGAUUUUCAUCGGGAUGUACAUACGAGACCUGGAACGGGCAAAGAUGGGUUUAGGAGGCCUGCCGGACAGAGAUCACCUUGCCAAAGCCAAAGCCAACCUGGACAACGUCAUAGAUGUGCACCCCUGCCUGAGGACGUACCUGGAUAUGGGACAAGUCUGCUACUACAUGGGCGUGGAUUCUGUCCAGGAGUUACUUCUAACUGAUGAAGAUGCCCUGAAUAAUGCCCUAGUGUGCAUUGCUAAAGCCAUGGAGUUUGACCCUGGUGAUGCCCUCCCUGAGCUGCAGCUACUUAAGGGAAAAUGUUUGAGGGCUAAGGGCGAGGAACUGAAUGCUAUCGAGUGUUUGAAACGGGCUGUUCAGCUGGACAACAAAGGCUCACUGGGCACAGAGACCUUCAGGUGCAUCAUGGAAGUACUACUUAGCCUACACCACCAGAACAAAAUGGAUAAUGAGACUCUUAUUCGGGAAGUGGAAUUCUGGGUAAAGGAUUCUCUGGAAAAAUGUGGUUCUGAAAGUGUCAGCCUGGGGCUGCAGAUUGUGUGCAGAAACAACACCGCUGAUAUUGUCAACCUUUCUAAAGCAAUGAUUGCAGCCGGGAAAAUGGACUUGGUGAAGCUUUUAUUUCAGUCUAUGAACGUAAAUGGCAGGAGAGCUGGACUGAAACCAAGCAGCCGGUCAUCUUCCUUCUAAUUGACAAUAGCACAGGAGAGUCCAGAAAUAUUGCUGGUGUUGAGAUCAGAGAUGAUAAGCUGAAGAGCAAUUGCCCACUAGGGAGAACAGCCUUUAAUUCCCCAUAUUAUUGUAUGAACUUACUAAUAAUGUAAACCAACAGGAAGACAUACUGUGGCUCUCCGUGCCGGGAGGUGUAGUUGUGUAACAGAUGGAAGUCCGUGGCUUGCCGAAACCUACUGUAAAUUUUGUUUCUAGACAGCGCUACCAUCCAAUAUUUUUUACAUUUUUUUUAUUUUACACAGAACAAGUCCCCAUAUAAAAAGGGGUACAGCAUAGGGAGAUUCAUUACAUAAUGUGAUAUCUCAAUCAGUGAUCAGUAAUUUAAUGUAAUUCUAUAUGUUAGGACUAUAUGCCAGUGGGCAGAUCCCAUUACAAAAAAUGCUAUAUAAAAUAAGUAGGAUCUCACUGGUAGUGGCGGCAGAAAGAAUAUAAUCUAAAGAGCGAAAUCUGCCCAUUGGUUCACCAGUUGGAUAUGUGUGGUCUAGAGCAUAGGUUCUCAAACUCGGUCCUCAGGACCCCAAACAGUUCAUGUUUUCCAGGUCUCCCCAUGGAAUUGCAAGUUAAACAAUCAGCUCCACUUGUGGAUCUUUUAAAAUGUAUCAGUGAGUAGUGAAUAGACCUGUGCACCUGCUGGGUGAUCUGGAAAACGUGAACUGUGUGGUGUCCUGAGGACUAAGUUUGAGAACCUCUGCUCUAGAGAACACUCCAGUACGUACCUCUACUUUGUGUCUUCGUCUCAUACAAUGAGUUUUGCAGAUGCUAUACAAUUUUUUUUUCUUUGUGUGUUGUGCCAAAAGCAAAGGUCAAAAUAGCAAUUUUGUUCCAGUAUGCACGCUAUUAAAGUACCAUCACCUACCACAUAUGAGCUUUGUGCUUCUUGCGAGUAGAUAAACUGGAUUUUGUCUCAGCCUUCGAGAAAAUGGCUGAUUCCAAUGUAUGUAAAUGACAGCUACAUCUUAAGUAUCAGUUUGAAAAAUUCAUCAGAUUAACGUCCUGCUGCUCCAAAAUGUUUAGGUUAUAGGACUGUCACCAAAAUUCUCACAUUGAGAAAACCUUUAAAGGUCAGCGGUGUUGGGCAGAGGAGCCUGACGGAUUAGAACUGGUGCUCUGACAUGGAUUGCUCUUGCCUUGCUACUCCACUUGUGAUGGAGCAGAGUUUUGCGUUAGUUUGUUAAUUUCUCCCUGCAUUUUAUUUUAAACAUUUUAUGUAAGGGAAUAAAGGUUCAUGUACUUAAUUCAAGUGUUAAA